GCGAAGAGGCGUCGUGUAGUGUAGUGGGCGUGGUCAUGUCACCCAGCUGAUCCAACAUGGCGAAACGCAUGUUUGUUUUGAGGAGACCUUAACACUGAAGUGAUGUCAAGAUUGGGUGUGGUGGUUGGGGGCUCCCGUGGCAUUGGAAGAGCAGUUGCCCAGCUGUUGGCACAAAGAGGCAAUCGGGUCGUGGUGAUUUCACGGAACCAGGAGACAGCACAGGCCACAGCAGACACACUUUCUGGAGGAGAACAUGUGGGACUUGGUUGUGACGUUUCAAAAGAACAGGAGGUCCAGAGAGCAUUCGAUAUCAUUGCAAAGACCUGUGGCCCUGUCGGAUACCUGGUUAAUGCAGCAGGCAUCAACAGAGAUGCAUUGUUGUUAAGAAGUAAAGCUGAGGACAUGGUGUCUGUUCUUCAAACCAACCUGCUUGGCUCCAUGCUUACUUGUAGAGCUGCAUUACGGAGCAUGCUCAGUAAAGGUGGUGCAAUCGUCAACAUAGGUUCAGUAGUAGGUGUGAAAGGAAAUGCUGGUCAGUGUGUGUACAGUGCCAGCAAAGCCGGCCUUGAGGGAUUCACACGCUCCCUGGCCAAAGAGGUCGCCUCUCGAAACAUACGAGUCAACUUGGUAGCUCCAGGACUCAUUCGGACAGAUAUGACAGCAGGACUGAAUGAGGAUGAGGAGGUCAAGAGAAUUCCACUAGGUCGAUUUGGUGAGCCAGAGGAGGUGGCACAUUCUGUUUUGUUUCUCCUGGAGGCUCCGUACAUUACAGGACAGGUUCUACUAGUGGAUGGAGGACUGGCCAUGUAGUUCCUGUAUGUAUUCAGUUGGGAUCAUUGUCUAAGGACCUGAAGAUGAAAUGAAUGGAAUAUACACUAUAUCCAAAAGUAUGUGGACGCAUGACCGUGGGAUUGUUGGACACUGUUCCAAAACCAUAUUAAUAUGAAGUGUUGCCCCCUUUUAGGCAUGUUAUUCAUCAAGAUUCCUGGGGUGUGACUGAAUAAAUCUGUGCCCAUUUAGUCAGUGGAGCAUCUGUGAGGUCAGUCACUAACAGUUGCAACACUGAACAUUCUAAUUCAUCCCAAAUAUGUUUGAUGGGGUUGAGUUCAGGGUUCUGUGAAGGCCACUGGACAAAUUUUCAUUCAACAUUAGAAGCAUAUAAACAAUUUUAUAGACCAGCUAGCAAUGAGUGUGGUUGAAACACCUGUGUUUUUGGCCAUAUAAUGGAUAACCUCAUUUGUUUUAACUAUUAUGUGAUGUCAAGGAUAUUAAGAAGUGUGUUAAAAAGGCGACCACUGUUAAAUACUGGUUCAAAGGGCUAAAUACAGAAGAACUGAAGCAAAACGCUUUUGUUUUAUCCUUCAUUCUCGUGGGGGAAGUUCUGCUCAGCCCUCGUCACAUGCUCACAGCUGAGCUGGAUUAAAAUUGGGUUCAUUUUUGGCUCAUGGAGUGAUUUUGAGGGUCGGCGUAUAGCUGCACACUCAUUCUGCCGAAGGAUGGGGGCAGAAGGUCAAUGUGUGGAAGAUCUGAGUUGCUGCCUGAUGUCAUCUGCUGUUCUGCUUCCAGCCUUGUGACGCCACACAUAUUAACCCACACAUACCAGGAUGUACAUUCACAUUUAUGGCAUUAGCAGACGCUUUUAUCCAAAGCGACUUACAGUAUACAAUCUAAGCAAUUGAGGGCCCUUGGUCAAGGACCCAACAGUAACAACCUGGCAGUUAACUGAUAGGCUACCACUACCACUGAAUGUAACCAUGACAGAUGUAACCAAGUGUAAAACCAAGUGUAAAACAUGACGUUAAAAUUCUAAUAAACAAAAAAACAAACAAGAAGACAGUAUGUUCCAGCUUUAGUUCCUCAGUAUUUAGCCCUUUUGAUGUACACCAAUGACCAAAACGCAGCUGAUGCCUUCCCCCAUCAACAGUACCCCAGACUCCCAAAUGUAUGUGGACAGCUGACCAACAGCUUGUUGGACAUCCCAUUUCAAAACCAUGUGCACAAAUAUAGUUUAGGCCGCCCUUGCAGCCAUGUCAGCCUCCACAUGUCUGGAAAAGCAUUAUAUUAGAUUUUGGAGUGCAGCAAUCUAGUCAAAACAGCAUUUUCUGAAGUCAAGUGCUGAAAUUGAAUGAGAAGGCCUGGCUUGCAAUCAGCUUAGCCAGUUCCUCCCAAAGGUGUUAAGAGGGUUAACGUCAGGGCUCUGAGCAAGCUACUGGAGUUCAUCUAGAACAGACUAGUCAAGCCAUGUUUUCUUAUGUACCUGGUUUUUAUGCUGGAACAUUUUUGGGCCUCCUGAAACCAUUAGAAGGGGUGUCCACAUACUUUUGGCUGACUGGUGUAAUAAUUUGCAAAUACACAGUGAAUAUGUAAUUUAAAAACAGGUCUAUGUCCUUCUGCCAUGAGAUAGCAGAGUAGCAAAGGUGUAUAAUAACAAAGAACAAAUACUUCCAUACUGUUCCUAAGUAAGUUUUUGUGGUAUUUGUACUUUAAUUGAGCAUUUUAAAAUAAAUAAAAAAUAAAUUCUAAAUUCUUAAAUAAUUAUUUUAUUAUUUAAAUCAUACUCAAGUAUUUCACGCUGGAUUAUGUCAUUUUUCAAACCAUUAAAAACCACAUAGCAUGCCGCUCUGGAACCAGAGCUGGGAUCUCGAAUACAUCGUAUCGAAUCUCAGCUCUGCCUGCCGGCUAGGCUGAGCGGCCGCAUGAACAACGAUUGGCCUGUAGUUCAGAUAUGGGCGGGACUAAGCCGGAUGUGGUCUCUCUUCCAUGACUGGUGCAAUUACGACCUCUGCUGGCUGAUUGAUGGCGCCUGCACAGAGAUGAGAAAAGAGUGCUCUCAGGAUGUGUCUCCGUACACAACGCUGAGCUGCACUGCACUCGUCAAAGUGUAGGUGAUAAGAUGCAUACGGCAUGCUGCCCACGUGUCGGAGGGGGCGUGGGUUAGCUUCGUUCUCCUCAAUCAGAGCAGGGAUCGGCAUUGUUGGAGAGGAAGCAUAAACAACAAAAAAAACACAUAGCAUUAAAAGGUACAAGUAUUAUACGUAUAUUACAUGGUCAAAUGUCACAUAAUAAAAUGUGUCUGCAUAGUUAUGGUCUCAAAAUGUAAAUUUUGUCUUAAAGAUUUGUGUUACUGAUAGCUCAUUUUACUUUAAAGUACUGGGUGUUUAAUACAAGUCUGUCAUAUCACACUAUAUGGACAAAAGUAUUGAGACACCCUUCAUAAUUAUUGACCAUAGGUAUUUCAAACACACCCAUUCCUAUCAGAUGUAUAAAACCAAUUAUGUAAAAUAAAUUAUAUGCCUCCAGAUAUGUGGCAACAGUUUGGGAAAGGCCAUUUCCCUUUUCUCUAGUAUGACUGUUUUCCUGUGCACAAAGCAAGGUCAGUAAAGACAUGGUUUGGCAAUUUGGUGUGGAGAAGCUUUACAGAGCCCUAACCUUAACCCUCCUAAACAUCACUGGAAUGAUUUGGAAAGUUGAACCAGAAGGUCUUGCUCGCUUGCUUGACCUCACAAGUUUUUUGAAUUAUGAAUAGGCAUAAUUUACAAAAUGUUGUGGACAGCCUGAGUAGUAAACGAGUAAACAAGAGGGUGGUGUCCAACAAGCACAUUGUAAGGUGUCUGGAUGCUUUUGGCCAUAUAGUGUAGCUCACGUUUGUUGUAGGUAAUCAUGACUGGGAUUUUAGUAUUGGUUUUACUUUUUUUUCUGAUUUAACAGCAAUCAUAUCAAAAUAUACCUAACGCAAAACAUUUUCUGUAAGUACUUUUACACUGGUACUGGUGUACUGCACAAUAUGCAGGAAAUAUUCUACCAUGCUUAGUGGCAUAAUGUAAUACAUAGUAUUCAGUAAAUGCUGAUAGGAGUUUGAAAGUGGGUUUAUUAGUAAGGAAAUGGCUGUAUCUUGACGGGCAGAGUUCACUGAACAGGGUGGUGUCUGAACAGUGACUAAAAUGACUACCAAAGGGCUAGAUCAUUUUUCAACAAGAAUGUACUGACUCAGCCUGAUUCAAUCAAAUUCUGGUAAGUGGUGUUGCAACAGGUUGUGUUGAUGAUGAUUAUGAAGAUGGAGAUAACCAGUAAUCAUAUGUCAGGAGACAUCAAAUUUUCAGCAUGUAAAAAAACCCUAAAUGUAAACUUUUGCUGUGUAAUAUUAAACGCAUGUUAGCAUAUUGUUUAAUCACAAGAUGAAACUGUGAAGAGACAAAAUCAAUGAGUAAAUAAUAAAAAUAAUGAUAAGCGCUUAUGAAACUACGUAUAUUGUUUGACAUUGUGAAUGUAUUAAUGUAAAACAUUUCUAAUCAGUGAAUCAAAUAAUUUACUGAAUACAAAAUGUACAGCUGUUUAAUAUAAAUGACAUGAUUUCAGGGUCUUAAGUCUUGCUAAAUCA